AUGAGAAGGCCUGCAGGGAGCUUCUCAAGGUCUGCAAAGGAGGUAAAGAACAGGCUCCUUGGGUACCUUGUGGUCCUUGCCACCUUUGUGACUUCAUGCAAUGCCUAUUGCUAUACAAUACCCUUCGAGACAGUUUCAGGCAAAUCAGCUGUCGAAUGCAAGGAUGACAAUGGAGUUAUUCACCCUAUAUACACAGUAUGGAAAACAGAUUCUUGUGAGCGAUGUUCUUGCUGGGAGGAUGGAAUUAGUUGUUGUAGCAUUGUUUCUUCACCCAUGGGUUACUAUCCAGACAACUGCAAGUUAAUCUUUCACUGGGAGAACUGCAGCUACACUGUACUGGAGAAUGACAACCGACGUGAGAACUGUGAUGAUGAUCGUUGGAUAAAGUAG